AUGCGCGUCUAUCUUACAGACCCGGACACGCGCUGUCAAAUGCCGGCAUGGCCAAUCAACUACAACACCGGUAACUUCAUCUGCACGCAUUACAUGGUCGAGAAUGAGGUCCUGUACCAGUAUAGUGGGGCCAACCUAACGGAAGGGCAAACCAACUACCCCUGGGCGUGGUCCUCCGUCGGCGCGGCCCCAGUCAAACGUGACGGCUAUACCUUCACGUGGACUCUCCCCGUUGGCACCGACACCACAGACUCUAGCUAUUUCUCCGUCCAGGCUCAGGGCUACGGGCCCCUGGCCAACGUCUUCCACCCGUGCCUGAGUCAAUGGGACGACGGCAAGCCGGGUGCCGGGGCAUUCUGCACUGGGACGUCGCCAUACGACUGCAAAGGCGAGACGCUCUGCAGUACUACCAACGUCAAGUGGUGCGACAAGGCCGUCAACCAGAUGAACCGCGGCAAAACGAUCUACAACGCAAAUGCAGAGGCACUCGCUCUUUCCGGGAACUGCUGGUCAAACAACGCGGGGUUCGGAUGCUCGGUGCAAAUCCGAGGCACGGAUCAGAAUGGGAAAAACUGCCAGAUCACCGGCGACGAGAUGUGGCAGGCUUACCAGGAUAUUCGCAAUGUUGGGGGCUGUAAGAAGUGCGGGACCAAGCAUUUUGGGAAUGGAUGUAUGGUCAGCGUCGACUAUUACUAUGGCUGUGAUAACCGGGAUUCUGGCGUGCAGUUUAUGGCGGCUUUCGCUGAGACUAAUCUAACGGACUAUAUUUAG